GGUAAUCAUCUUGUAACCCUUGUGGGUUUUUGGUUCCAUAGAUUGGUUCUGUCAUAACUACAGAGUCUGAGGUCUGAGCAACAAGCAUCAUUCAGAUGACACAUUGUUCCUGUGUAUGUAAGACAUGGUGAAAUGAGGGAUUAAUUGUUGACUCACUGAGCAAUUCUUAUAAUGAUUAAUCAAAUGUGCAGAAAGCUGUAGAAGUCAUGGGGUGUAAUAAUUUUCACAUUUUUGUUUUUUUUGAGCACUGAGUAAUAAUAUGAUCUCAACAUAACCCGAACCCAAAACAUAACACAGAGUCUGUGGUAAAAAUUAGUCAGAAACAAGGCAGCAUUUAUGAAUAAGUCAAAAUAGGCAGAACUCGAAAAGCUGAAAUACGUCAGAAAACAAGUUGCAUUUUCCUUUAAGAUGAUCCUCUUUUCUGCAGACCUGCAGUAAGCAUGAUAAGACAACUUUAGUAUCCUUUACAGCAUACACUAACACUCUGUAACUGCUUCACUAACAUAGCAAUGACAUUAUGUAACAGGUUUACCUGUCAUACACUGUAAGAGUGGUGGUGGAGAAGGUUUCAUAAGUCAGCAUAUUAUAAAGUAAGUGAAAGAUCAACUUCACUUUCUGUGUGAGCAAAAGUUAUAGUAUGCUGUCAAUAAUCAUCAGUUUAGCAGCACAGUCACGUUGUGCUUUUAUUAGUAGUCAUGGUGGAAAUAAAAGACUGAGGUAUGACAUCCUAACAUUCAAAACCUAUUUGUAUUUUGCAAGAUUACUGCAAUGCUUUUGGUAUGUGCAAUUUGAAAAAAAAAAGUUGGUGAAAGUUAUUGAUCAACGAAUAUUAAGGCCAAUUUUACUCAGGACAAAGAGCAUAUUGUGAAGACUGAAAAGGUACAAGAGUGAAAUAUCUGGUUAAAUAAUCAGUGGAGCUCUCUCUAUGUAACAAAAUACUCAUUUAAAUGCUGUCUCAUCUGUCCUGAAAUAUACUGUCUAGGGUUUAAACAUUAAUAGACAUUGUUUAAAGGUCAUCUGCUGGCAGCAUCUCUACACUGAAAGCCAGCUCCCCGAACAUGGCUGAUUUUGGAGAGAUCUUGCGGAAUAUUGGAGAAUUUGGAUCAUUUCAGAAGAUCACCCUUUUUGCUCUUUGUUUCCCAAAUGUUAUUCUGCCUUUUCACUUUGCCAGCCUAUUUUUUAUCCAGUCAGAUCCAGAGCGGCACUGUAACACAGACUGGAUCCUCAGGACUGAUCCUAACCUGACCACAGAUGAGCAGCUGAACCUGACUCUGCCCCUGGAGGACGAUGGGACCUUCAGCAGGUGUCGGAUGUUUGUCCCUGUGGACUGGAACAUCAGUGCCAUCAGGGAGUAUGGACUCAAUAAGACCACAGGGUGCCAGAAUGGAUGGGUGUACGGCAACACCAUGUAUGAGGCCACCAUAGUCACUGAUUUUGAUCUAGUUUGUGACCAGGCUAAUUUGUUAGAAGUGGCACAAGCAGUGUUGAUGGCUGGAAUUCUUGUUGGUUGUCUCUUAUUUGGACCGUUUGCUGAAUCGUUUGGUCGUAAACGGGCAGCUCAGAUUCCAGUCAUUGUGAUGCUCAUAUUUACUGUAACAACUGGAAUAUGUCCUACCUACCCCUUAUAUUUGACAUCCCAAUUUAUGGUGGGCAUUGGCUAUGGAGGUUAUCGACUUAACGGUGUUAUACUGGCCACUGAGUGGAUUGGGGUGUCCAGAAGAUCAUGGGGAGCAUGUGUUACUCAGCUAUUUGGUGCAGUUGGACAGUGCAUACUCGCUGUUAUGAUCUACUUCAUCAGAGACUGGAGACUGGCUCAACUAAUUACAGCAGCUCCACUUGCAGUGGUUGCUAUUUACAUAUGGUUUAUUCCAGAGUCAGCCAGGUGGUUGUUGGACAGAGGGAGGACAGAAGAGGCUAAACAGCUGCUUGUAAAGGUGGCAGCUAUUAACAAACGUACUGUUCCAGACUCUCUGCUGGAAAAGAUUGUUGUCAAAGAAACUGAGAAAAAGGGAGGCAUAAUAAUUCUUAUCCAAUCACCUGUGCUUAGGAAGUAUUUCUUUACCAUAAUAUUGGCAUGGUUCUCAUUGAAUGUUACCUACUACUGCCUUUCAUUCAAUGUGGGAAAUUUUGGCUUGGACAUCUUCCUGACACAGCUUAUUUUUGGUCUGACUGAACUACCAGCUCAUAUACUUUGCAUCUGGCUGUUAGAAGUAUUGGGUAGAAAAGUAUCACUCAUGGGAACCCUUCUGAUCGGGGGAUUCUUGUGCAUCUUAAUGCUAGCUUUUAAUCAAGAUAAUGCUGUUGCUGUUACUACUUUGGCAACCUCAGGACGUUUUUUCAUUAACUGGGCAGGAUCCAUAUGUAAUGUGUAUGUUCAGGAGCUGUUCCCAACAUCUUUCCGACAAACUGCUUCUGGUUUGGGCUCCAUUGCAAGCAGGGCUGGUGGGUUGCUUUCUCCAUUGCUCAACAUGUUGGCCAUAUACCACUGGUCCAUACCAAUCAUAGUCUUCAGCAGCCUUACACUUAUCAGUGGAGCUCUUGGCUUCCUGCUUCCUGAGACCAGGAGAAAAGAGCUCCCUGACUCAACCGAUGAGGCCGAGGGCAACAGAAACAAGAGCACCAUGAAGAAACAAAGUGAAUCAAACAUGCAUCUACACAACAAAUCAACCAAACUAUAGUCUGAUUAAUCCUAUUACUGAUUUUUCUGCUCCACUGUCGGCAGCAAUUCAGGAUGGUAUUGUAGGUUGAUCUAAAGAUAUAAAAGUUUAAUUGGAAGAUUACCAUGAAACUUACUGAGCAAAUUCAUACCUUCCAUUUUGGACAAUCCAUGAAUUUUCUUGUAGCACCUUCCUCAUUCCAAAGUGACAAGAUAUCUCAAUAUUUAAUGAGCACAGCCAAUAAAAUUACUGACCACAUUUGUGCUCCCAUGAGGACAAACCCUCCAUGAUUCGACCUCUUGUGCCACUUCAGGAAAAUCUUAAGAAUAGCAAUCAUUUUCAGUCUGUUGAGGGUAUGUACUCAGUAUCAUUAUCAGUGCAAUUCAAAACCCAAAAGUAUUAAAUUGGCCGUUUUCACAAAAGACAUUUUGACAUGUCACAGUAGGAAAAGCACAGGUGUAAGUAAUAAAAUGAAUG